ACGAUCUCAUGGGAUGGUUUGCUGAGGAGGUGAACUGAAACACGAUGACGCCAAUAACGAGCGGGGACGACGGCAACCAAUGCUCGCUAUUCUGGACUUCGACGACUCAUUCUGGAAUGCCCGUCUUCUCACCCCCUGCCCCUGACCCCCGAUGCAUUUCGAUGCAGAUCUGGUCGUCUGCGGGGACCUCACGAGGGUUCCGGAGCCACGGCACCAUAUCGACCCAAGACCCCCCGUGUUCAAGGGCCCGACCAACACCUAGUACAACUCUAUUUUCUUCGUUACUGUCUGUUACCGCUAUGGCGCAGCCCGUUAGGCUACGACCGGGCUGGCAACAUGCUUGCGCCUGAGACGGAGUGUGAGCUCCCUGUCGAUGUUGAAGGAUCGUCCAGGUUCAUUGGCCGCCCCUGACGACGAUAUGCCGUACAGGAAGUUUGGUAUUUCAGCUGGCCGCGCAAUUCUGAUGGGGGACUCAAUGCCUGCGCCAGCAGAUCAAUUGGAGCGCACUGCCAUCUUUCAUUCAGACGGUCGUGCUCGAUGUUUGCGGGUUCCCUGCGGUGAUGCUCGCUGGAGAAACACAGACGGGCGGCAGGGGGAGGGUGAUACGGUCCGGCCGGGGGCAUGCGCGCGGGUUGCAGCAUCAUACAUACUUAUAACCUGCCCCAGCAGGAUUAGCUUCCUCCGCAUUUCUCCUCCCCCGGCCUGCAUCUGCUUGUUCCUCAUGACAAGUGUCGCAGCCCAGGGUCCUCGACAAACCAUCGUUCUCGUCCAAUUGCGUGGUGGCGAUCAUCCCCUCAACACCAAGCCCGCUGACGCAGCCACGCUGCGAUUGGCAAGCUUUUUCCCUCGUUGCAAAGUAUCAUUUCCCGGAUUAGAUCUGGUCAAUAAUAUCCCGCAAGCUGGCCGGCAGCGUUCUCUUAUUCAGCACAUUGGCUUGCGUCUUGCUCACCUGCAUUUCGCAGCGAAAACAACCGCUGGACGGCUGCUGCGGAUGACGGGGCUUGGGAAAACCAGCUUCCACCAAAUUCUCCCAUCUGCAAAAUUGGUAGGUUGGAUGGCCGAGAAUCUUGCAACCGGUUUACCUUCCCUCUCUCUGCCGGGACAUUUAUUAAGUCGGGCUGCUGCCCCCUCCUAAUAUCUCGCGGGAUCAGACACAUCCCCGGCUCAUUACCGUUCCAUUCUCUUCCACACCAUCACGGGUAUAUUUCCAUCAAGGAAUAAUUGGGCGGCCGUCGAUGCCCGCUGGGGUUGUUACGUAUUGGUUGUUCAACUCCGGUCGGCUGAUGCAGAAUUUCCGCCCAAGCUUUCCACCUUCUCAAUU